AUGUGGGAGUUGUAUCUCCAAGUCAGCAAUCCGUUGGUAUCCAGGGCCAGCAGUAAGGUGGCCAAUCAGGAUCCUCCAUUUCAUUUGCUGGGUGUCCAGUACCAACCAGGCAACAACGCGUAUUGGGACGAAUCCACUGCAAAGGACCUCCUCUCUUUCUCUCCGCUUGGUCUUCAUCUGGUCACCAUCAUUACCAACAUGCUGCGAGCGUGUCUCAUUGUUCUCGUGGUGGCAUGCUUUUUGUCCUCAUUAACCUCGGCUGUCAAGUUUGACCUUCACGCCGUCGCCCCUGCCAAUAUCGAAUCCGGUAAACGAUGUCUGUCGCAUUACGUGCCAAAGGAUACAUUGGUGCUUGCAACCGUUAACGUUGGCACUGGUUACAAUCAACGUGUCGACUUGGAGAUUGUCGAUGACGCCGAGACGCCUAAUGUAUACGCGAAAAAGAAGGGUAUCUCUGGUGAGAACAAGAACGCCUUCAACACACUUGCCAACAGUGUCGUCCAUACAUGUUUCACCAAUGUGCUUCCUGAAGGCUUCAACGAGCAACAGGGCUUUUCACGUUCCAUUGAAUUCGACUUGAAUAUUGGUGCCGAAGCUGUGGAUUUCGACAAGAUUGCAAAGACUGAAAAGUUGGGUCCUUUGGAGCUUGAGUUACGCAAGUUGGAGACGAUUGUCAAGGAGGUUGUUGGCGAGAUGAACUACCUUAAGCGACGUGAGGCACGCAUGCGUGAUACCAAUGAAUCGACCAACGAACGUGUCAAGUGGUUCAGCUUGCUUUCUCUCUUUACCUUGGUUACCCUUGGCACAUGGCAAGUCUUGUAUUUGCGUCGUUUCUUCAGACGAAAGCGGUUGAUCGAUUAG